AUGGAACCCAUUGCCUUUUUCAGCAUCUUCCCCUACAUUGCCGCCAUGGUGCAGCGCAACGGCCACCUGCCGCCCUCGGACGUCGGCUUCUACAGCGGCCUCAUCGAGUCGCUCUUUUCCCUCACCCAGACGGCCGUGCUCAUUGUCUGGGGCCGCCUCGCCGACCGCCUCGGCCGCAAGCGCGUGCUCGUCUGGAGCCUGGCGGGCAUGGCCGUCGGCCCCGCGCUGUUUGGCCUCGCCACUACCUUGCCGCAAAUGAUUGUCUUUCGCUGCCUCGCGGGCGUAUUUUCCGGCUCCGCGCUCAUUAUCCGCACCAUGAUGUUUGAUCACUGCACGCCGCGCACGCAGGCUCGUGCGUUUAGCUGGUUCGCGUUUGCAGGAAACGUGGGCAUUCUUUUGGGGCCCAUUAUUGGCGGCGCGCUCGCGGACCCGGUCGCGCAGUAUCCGGGCUUGUUUGGCAGAUGGGCGUUUUUACAACGCUAUCCGUAUGCGGCGCCCGGGUUUGCCGUGUCGGCGAUUGCGGUCACGGCUGUGCUGACGUCGGUGCUGUUUCUCGAGGAGACGCUGGAUUACAAGGAUGCGCACAAGACGCGGCAUCAGGCCGGCGCCGGCGACAACAAGGCCGAGACAUUGACGAUUUGGCAGCUGCUGCGUACGCGCGGCAUUCCCACGGUGCUCCUCGUCAACGGCUCCGUCAUGAUCAUGGCCUUUGCCUUUACCGCGCUGCUGCCCGUCGUGCUCUUCACGCCCGUCGCCAUCGGCGGCCUCGGGCUCUCCCCCCGCCAAAUAUCCACCUACAUGGCCGUGCAAGGGCUCAGCCAGGCCGUUUGGCUGGUCGGCGUCUUUCCGCGGCUGCACCGGCGCCUCGGCAACAAGAAGCUGCUCACGGCCUGCGCCGUCGCCUACCCCCUUUUUUUCCUGGCCUACAUUGUCCUCAACGAGCUGCUGCGCGUCGACACGCCGGCCGCGAGGGCGUGGGCGUGGGCGUUUGUGGGACCGCUGGCGGCCGUGGUCGGGCCGGGUGUGUCCAUGGCCUUUACGGGCGUGCAGCUGGCGCUGAACGAUGCCUCGCCGGAUCCGCACGUCAUGGGCACGCUCAAUGGCAUCGCCUUGACGCUGGCGAGCGCGCUGCGGUCGUUUGUGCCGGGCUUGACGACGGCUCUGUACGCCGUGGGCGUCAGGGAACAGAUUCUCAGAGGGCACUUGGCCUGGGUCGUUCUCAUUCCCGUGUCCAUGCUCAUGCUGAUCGUGAUUCCGAUGCUGCCCAAUGACAAGCAGCCGGCUUCGCCCGCAAACCUUGACGAUGAAGCAGAGUUGUAA